AUGGCAAUCAUCACAGAAGAAGUAGGCGACAUCUUCUCCGCGCCCCCAAACAGUAUCCUAAUCCACGCCUGCAAUGCCCGCGGCGCCUGGGGCUCCGGGGUAGCCGUCGCUUUCAAACAGAAGUACCCCUACGCCUUCCGCCAACAUCAAGCAUACUGCCUCUCAUCGCCCACGGGCUCCAAGCUCUCCGUCAAACAACACCAAGCCAGUCUCGUAGGCACGGCCCUACUCAUUCCUCCACCCACUGCAACAAACCAGCGACAAGCAUCCAAGACACCUCACUACAUAGCCUGCCUAUUCACCUCUCUCGACUACGGAAAAAGGGUCUCGCCUCCGGAGGAAAUAGUGGAAAACACAAGAAAGGCGCUCGAAAACCUAGCGAAACAAGUUGCAGAGAUGAGAGCAGCGGGCGAAGAGGUGGGCAAGUGCUGUCCGGUAAGGAUCAACAGCGGAAGGUUUGGUGUCGAGUGGCAGAAGACGAAGGCGGUUUUAGAGGCUGGAGGGCUUGUUAUCACCGUUGUUAGGCCGGAGGCAGAGCAGAAAGCAGAUGGGGCAGGUACUGCAGCAGGUGGGCAGUCUCCUGUCAAAGAUGAGAAUGAGAAAGCAAAAGGUGAGAAAUGUGCCGUGGGGACCAAUGCAAGGCGGUCCAACCGUUGGACGUCGGGUCGAACGAAGGCUAAGGGUCCGUUUGAAAAACAGACACGCGGGGUGAAGAGGAAGGUUGAGAAGGAUUUUGAGGAUGGCGACGAUGGUCGCGAGGAUAUGAAGGGGGAAAGGCUGGCAUAA